AUCUCUUUCACCUGAAUUAAGCUAGAAAAAAGAAGAACAUCACGCUUUAGUAAAGACCAAACAAAAUUCCUCACAGUUUAAAAUUUGUUUCUCGCUCGGAAGGAUUAAAUUGAGUGUGCUGCAGACGAAAAAUAUUUUUCAAGAUGAUGCGAGGUGACAAAAAGUGGCCACCUGAACGAACAAGACAGCAGAUGCUUGAAGACGAAGAAACAGAAAGGAAAAUGGCACAAGGUCCAUCUUUUCGACCUAAGAAGGCUCAAAAGGAUUAUUCACAGUUCUUUGAUCAACAUAAGCUGAACGCAUCAUUCCCUGGAUACAAGGCGGCUCCCGGAACUCAAUACUUCAGAACGGAAUACUCUACAAGCACUCAGUUUAACGGAAGCAAUAAUUCAAAUUCUGAAUAAUUGCAUAAACGUGAUACUUGAUUGCUUUUACUCCGUUUGUUUUCCCGGUACCAUAUUUCUUAUGUUUUCCAAAGCAUGCGCUCAAAUACAUUUUCCACAUCGCAAUGAUUUUGCUACUCACGUUUUAUUCAAAGGAGAGAAGUGUAUGAUAAAAAUGAGAGCCGUGGAGUUAUGAUAACAAAAAAAAAGUGAAGAAAAGAAUGAGCACGAUGUGGCAUCAUUGUGUGUGGCAAAGGAUUUUAAUAUUAAAAAAUUGUAAAUAAGAAAUUAUAAUAAAUUUUACUUGAACCUGUUGA